AUGGCUGCGGAGCUUGUUAGUUCUGCAACAAGUGAAAAGCUUGCUGAUGUGGACUGGGCCAAAAACAUUGAGAUCUGUGAACUAGCUGCUCGAGAUGAAAGGCAAGCUAAAGAUGUUAUCAAGGCUAUAAAAAAACGCUUGGGAAGCAGAAACUCAAAUACUCAAUUAUAUGCUGUCCAGUUGCUGGAGAUGUUGAUGAAUAAUAUUGGAGAGAAUAUUCAUAAGCUGGUUAUAGAUACGGGUGUACUCCCCACACUUGUGAAGAUAGUAAAGAAAAAAUCGGAUCUGCCUGUAAGAGAGAGGAUUUUUCUCCUUCUUGAUGCAACUCAAACUUCCCUUGGUGGCGCUUCAGGGAAAUUCCCUCAGUAUUAUACAGCAUACUAUGAUUUAGUGCAUGCAGGAGUUAAAUUUCCACAGAGACCUAAUUCUACAGCACCAGUUGUGGUCUCGGCUCAAGCGAUUCCAAGAAAUACGCUCAAUGAACAACUUGCAUCUGCUAGAAAUGACGGGGCUGCGACUACUCAGCAGCGAGAAUCUCAAACUGCCUCUCCUUCUAGUAUUUUACAAAAGGCUAGUACUGCAUUAGAAGUUUUGAAGGAAGUGCUUGACGCAGUUGAUUCUCAAAAUCCUGAGGGGGCAAGAGAUGAGUUUACUCUUGAUCUUGUCGAGCAAUGUUCGUUUCAGAAAGAGCGUGUAAUGCACCUCGUCAUGACAUCGAGGGAUGAAAGAGCAGUUUCUCAAGCAAUUGAAGUGAAUGAACAACUUCAGAAAAUUCUCAAUAGACAUGAAGAUUUGCUAUCUGGUAGAAUCAGAUCAACUACAUCCAAUGGAUAUCAUUCCAAUCUCGAACCUGUGCGUCCUAGCUCAAACGGUCACCAGAAACUGGAGCUAAAGACUUCUAAUGCAAAUACCGAAUCAAGCAGCUCUAUCUCUAAACCAGGUCAUCUUAAGCUUGAGGAUGAAGAUGAGGAAGAGGAGCCUGAGCAGCUAUUCAGAAGAUUGCGAAAAGGGAAAGCUAGAGCAAGGCCUGAGGAUGAAGAAGAGCCAUCACCUCCACAAGCCUUACUUGGAUCAGCAAUCCAUAGCGAAAGACUCCACCGUCCACUUAUUCGUCCUUUACCAUCAGAGGAGCGAUCACGCGGUGGUGAUAGCCAUUCGCAAUCUCCGCCUGUUGUGAUUCCACCACCACCUGCAAAACACGUUGAGAGGGAAAAAUUCUUCAAGGAGAAGAAAGUCGACGGUGCCUCGGGUUUACCAGGUCAUAUGAGAGGCCUUUCUUUGCAUAGCCGCGAUGGCAGCAGCUCACGCAGUGGAAGUGUAGACUUCAGUGACUGA